CUACACAUUGCAAAGAUGGAUGUACAACCAUAGAGAUCCGGCGACCGGUGAUGCAGCGAGAGAGUUUUACGACGGAUUGCGCAGUUUCAUGUAUCAAGUCACAAACGAACCAUUUGCUCGUGAGAACGGUACAAUGUUCUAUCCAUGUCAAAGAACUGCGGCGAAGAUGAGAUGGCAUGCACAACAUACAACUAGAGAUGGAGAAAUAAUGCACCCAUCAGAUGCAAAGGCAUGGAAACACUUUCAAACGAUGUCUUUUUCUUGGAAUGACUACAACAGAUUUCUCUCCACGCAAGGUGUUAAUCGACCUCAUGUCCGUCAUGGUUCCAGUGCUCAAGGGACAUCACCGGUUGUACAUAGAAGUCGUACUGCAGCCUCGCCUCAGACGCCAAACUCUCAAAACGACCGAGCAGGAGGAUCGACUCCUCCACCAACCAAUCCAAACUCGCCUCUACGACCAUCCCAUUCAGCGACUCAACCACCAACUGGGCGUCUCAACAAUUUGACAUUGGAGGAGCUACUUGAGAAUCCGGGACUUGUAGCUACUGUCCGAAGUAUCUUUGAAAGAGAUUUCAAAGAACUUCAUGUCAAUUGGACACAAACUCCUGAACCGGUGAUUACUCAUUGGUUUGGGAUUUUUGCGCAAAUCUACAACUGUGACCAGUCCAUAAAUGACAGAGUUAAAGAUGAGUUUGAAACCAAGUUGAAGGAUAGGAUGUGUGAUCAAAUUUCUCGGUUGAAGGCAAAGUGGAAGAAUAAAGAGCUCUUCAAAGAAGGAUCGAGGAUAGACGAGCAAGUGUCUCAGCUAUGCUCAGGGGAUAAUAUUGAAAGCAUUGCUUCUGGCGGAUUGUAUGUUCAUGCCAAGAACAAAAUUAAUGUUGAGGUUGCUCCAAAGAAGAAAAGCAGCCUUUAUGGGGUUGGAUCAUUGCACCAUGAAGCAUCUUCAGCCCAUACUGGGCCACUACCUCCUCGUGAUGAUUCGGUGGAUAUGUCUCAAAAGCUUGCCCUCGCUGAAGCUUGUAUUGCAACUCAGGCAUAGAAGAUGCAUAGCUAUGAUGCCUAUUUUGAGUACCUCGCCAAGAAAAAUCCUGAGUUUGC